AUGAACAACGAGGAACCUCGCCGUACCAGUUUCGGCAUGUUACUUCGACGCAGCAAGAGUGGCGAUUUGGGCAAAGCCGGUCGUAAGGCCCAGGCCCUCAAAGAGGCCGAGCUUGAACGCCAGCGCCAUGCCUCUACUCGCAUUGCUCCUAAAUUGCCUGAGUUCGCCAAUCAUACCGAACAGCUUUCCAAUUCUUUUGGCCCUGAACUGCGCCCCGAAUCCCCAGCCAACGUCCCUCGAUCAGCAGACUACUCUUCCAUUCGACCAUCAGGUGAAUAUUCGCGAGGUUAUGGCAAUGCUGUGCAUGCCGCCCCUCCUGUCCCGCCUUUGCCUAAUGGUGGGUUUGACCCAUAUGCCAGGACUGAGAGCAUGACGAACCGUGGCCGUUACAGCUACGCCAGUAGCGCUAUCAGUACGGUCAAUAGCCCUCGUCGUGUUCGAAGAAGAAAGGACCCAACGCCUAUGAACAUUCUCGUCAUUGGUACUCGAAACUCGGGCAAAACCUCGUUCCUUGAAUUCCUCAAGACAGCAUUUGCGCUUCCGCCCAAGAAACGGGCUAAGAAGGGCGACGAUGAAGUACCUCAGAAUCAUAGCAUUCCUUCUGGAAGGUUUAUUCCCCACUAUCUCGAGACCGAGAUUGACGGAGAGCGCAUCGGCCUCACUAUAUGGGACUCGGAGGGCUUGGAGAAUAAUGUUGUCGACCUGCAGCUUAGGGAGAUGUCAGCCUUUCUCGAGAGCAAGUUUGAGGAGACCUUUGCUGAGGAGAUGAAGGUUGUCCGUUCACCUGGUGUACAAGAUACACACAUUCAUGCAACUUUUCUUGUUCUUGACCCCUCUCGUCUGGAUCGCAACAUCGCAUCAGCAAGGAAUCCAGCCAUCAACGGUCAACAGAACGGCCACCCCUUUUCUCGCGUAUACGGCAGCCUGGACGAAAGUCUUGAAUUAAAUGCCUUGCGCACUCUACAGGGCAAGACAACGGUUAUUCCUGUUAUUGCUAAGGCAGAUACAAUCACCACCAAACACAUGAAUGUUCUCAAACGAAGUGUUUGGGACAGUAUCAAGAAAGCUGGUCUGGAUCCCUUGGAGGCGCUCGGUCUUGAUGAUGAGGAUGGAAGUAGUUUUUCUUCCGAGAAGAUCGUCGAGGAAGAUGAGGAAGAUGAUCUUGAAAACAACCGGGAUGGCGCACAAACACCAGAAAGUCCAGAUUUCCCUCUGCAAGGUCAGCGGGAAAGCCCGACAGCUUCCCCAAGCUCUAAAAGACUAUCCACCAGCUCUAUGCGACGACACAAAGUACAGGAGGAGGCUAAAGAGAAGGAAGACGAGAUUCCCUUCUUGCCGCUUUCUAUCAUCAGUCCUGAUCUAUAUGAGCCUGGUGUCAUUGGUCGACAGUUCCCUUGGGGCUUUGCUGAUCCUUACAAUGACGAACAUUGCGAUUUUCAACGACUCAAAGAGGCCGUUUUUAGUGAAUGGCGUGCUGAGCUUCGCGAAGCCAGUCGGGAGCAGUGGUAUGAGGGAUGGAGAACAAAUCGCCUCAAGCAGAAGGACGGUCCCCAUCGUCACAGAUAG